AUGACUGCCGCAAAGGUGGCAGAAUCCAGAGCAGAUUCCUAUGUCUGCAACCACCACCAUUUUGGAAGAUCUAAGAUGGCAUUAGCAAGUGGACAUUGGAUUAGAAAAGAUGUGGCUGGAGAUAUCCCAGAUCCUCGACAUGGACAGGCAUUGGCAGUUGCAGGAAAUAUUGCUAUUAUGUUUGGAGGCUGCUCCUUUUAUAAUACUUCUGAUGAUCAACCAACAUAUUUCAAUGACUUCUACAUGCUGACAAUUACUUCCACUGAUCUGACUUGGGAAAAGAUACCACAGGAUGGACACAUCCCUUGUCCAAGACAAGGGCACACACUUUGUGUAGUAAAAGGCAAGAUAUAUUUAUUUGGAGGUUGUGCAAGUAAGAAUGCUGAGCAGUGCCUUCCAGGAGUCUACACAUUUGAUCUCGGUUCUUUAACAUGGCAGAAGGUAACAACCACAGGUAUUGCACCUCAGACCCUCAAGCAUAGGUCAGCUGUAGUAGGUGAAAACAUCUAUGUCCAUGGUGGUAUGCUGUAUGGAAAAACUGUUGAUGACCUGUACAUGCUCAAUACAGUGUCCUUAAGCUGGACCCCAGUCAAAACCACUGGUUCAUCCCCUGGUUCCAGGUCAGGCCAUGCAUUUAUUCCAGUUGGAAAAAUAAUCUAUAUGUUUGGAGGUUGUUCUGAUGAAGGGGAAUAUUGUACGGAUGUAUUUACACUGGACACAGUAAUAUUAACAUGGAAAAAAUGUGAAGUCAGAGGAGAAAAGCCUGUUGGAAGGUCGCAUCAUACAUUCACAGCCCAUUGUGAUAAGGACAUUUAUUUGUUUGGAGGAAUUUCUGAGACCAAAGAUGGUAAUAAAAUACCAAACAAUGAUAUUAUGAAAUUAAGUUUAGCACGGAUGAAAUGGAAAACACCACUUUAUGUAGGGAUCCCUCCUGCUAGCAGAUAUAACCAUGUAGCAUUUAUUCUGCAUAGCCAUCUCUAUAUCUUUGGAGGAAUAAAUGAAGAUGAAGAAUUCAAUGAUCUAAUAGGAAUGAAACUGAUAAAUCCUUCAGACAGACGACCUAUUAUGAAGGAGAUUUUUUCAGAAUUGGGAAUCCAUGGACUAAACAGCAGGUUUACUCCCACCAAAAUCCCCAAGGUGAAAUAUGAGUUAACAGAACCUUCUUUCCUGUCUGGAAUUGAAUCUCCCCGGCCGUCUGCUCCAGCAACCCAGCUCCAAGAUUUCCAUUCAGUGCGUAACCAAGCAAUGGACAUGAUUAUAACAGCCUUUGGUUUGCUGGAUUCUGAGUUUCAAAAACUCGGCAUUUUCCAACUAUAUCAAAAUCAAGUCUUUUUACUCUGGGUGGAUUAUAAAUCUGGUGCAAAAGCAGAAUUGGUCCAGGCUACAAUGGUUUUACAACGUGAAAAGGAGCAGUACAGCAAACAGUUCAAAAAUCAGCAGAAGGAGCUGGAAGAGAUGCUAGAAAAACACAAAGCACAAAAUGAAGCAUGGCUGAAAGCCAGAGCAGAAGAAAAUGACAAGGAAAGGAAAGAAAUCUACAAAAUGAGGGAGGAAAUUCUCCAGGAACAGGAUCGGUUGAGAGAAGAACAGCAAAGCAUUCAGAAGCGCAAUCAGCAGCUACUUUCACUAAUGCAGCAGUUCAAAGGCAUGUGAACAGUGUGCUGAAUAAAACCUGAUCACAUGUCCAGAUCAAAGCAACCACUCAGCACCACUUGAACAACUGAUCUCUUAUGUCUAGCAUAACAAAGAUCCAGUUACUAUACAAAAUGAAGUUUGAUCUCAAUAAGUUUUCAUUCAACUUUAGGACUAUGGUUUAAUUAAAUUCCCAUCCACUUUUAAAUGGGCUUUUCUGGCUUUUUCAAAAUAUAAAGCACAUGUCUACUUAAAUAACUGGACAAAUUACAAAGUGCUUUACAGGAUAUCUUUAUUAAGAAAGAUUAAAUACUGUGGAAAUCUGUGAAACUUCAAAAAGAUCAUGCUUAGGAAACAGUGUCAUUAAAAGAACAAUUUGAAUAGGAUUUUGACUAGACCUGCUUAGGAUUGUUCUCUAAUUUGAAGCUUGUCCCACUGAUGGGUUGGGAUUGACCCAGUGGUGGGAUUCAGCAGGUUCGCACCACUUCGGCAGAACCGGUUGUUAAAAUGGUGCUUGUAGACAACCAGUUGUUAAAUCAUUUGAAUCCCACCACCGGAACUGGUUGUUAAAUUAUUUGAAUCCUACCACUGGUACCAGUGAAACAUGGGAGCUCAUCCAAGCCUAAUCUGUUGGAAGUCAGUGUUUUGAAACUAUAUAGCACUGACAAUUUAAACAUUGCAUUAUUUUAUGUGGUUAAGACUGAUAAAUGAAAUGGGGAAGAUUAAUUCAUUGUUUCUCUUUGUAGAAGAACUGGGUAUCUCCAACGUUCCUAUGUUACACUUACAUUUUCACCAGUGUAACUGUGCUGUUACUUAAUUAUCUUUGAUCGAAAGUUCCUCAAAUCUUUCCUCAAAGCAAAGUGUUCAACAGCAAUAUUUUUUCUUUAAUUUGACUUGACAAGUUUUAAAAUGUUUGAUGAUUUAACAAUUUCUUAGAGCAGGGCAAAGAUUCAUGUUCUUUUGUAUGGAAUUACUAGCUAGUUUCCUUUGAAUUGAUCUAUGAAGAAAGCAACACUGAAUUAUUGCUUUGUGGGGAUUCUCUAUAAAACCUAUGUAAGAAUAUAUGUCUUUGUUUUCUAUGAAUCACUUGAUUAUCUGAUUGAUGAUAACCAUUUUGUGCCACAGAAUGAGAGGAAUAAAGUGAUACCUUUUUCUUGG